AUGGUGUUCAUACGAACCCCAACAACCACCAACAAAACUCUAUACAUCCACAUAAACCCUAACACCACAACCCUUAAUUCCCUCAAACACCAAAUCCAACUCCAAACCCAAAUUCCAAUCCCCCACCUAAACUUCCUUCUUCCUCAAAAUUCCCAAAAUCAAAACACACUUUUCCUCUCUCAACUUAACAUUACCAAUAACUCAACCCUAACUCUUAACAUCCCAUUACUUGGCGGGAUGCAAGCUCCGGUCCCACCCAAACCCCGGUUGGAUUUCUUAAAUUCCAAGCCCCCAGCUAAUUAUGUUGCGGGAUUAGGGCGUGGGGCUACUGGUUUUACUACUCGUUCUGAUAUUGGUCCUGCCCGGGCGGCACCUGAUUUGCCUGAUAGGACUGCUGGGGCGGCUGCUGCCGGGGCUGGGGGCGGUGCGGGGCGGGGGAAAGGGGGGAAAGGAGGGGAUGAUGAGGAUGAAGACGAGAGCGAGGAAAAAGGGUAUGAUGAGAAUCAGAAGUUUGAUGAAUUUGAAGGGAAUGAUGUGGGGUUGUUUGCGUCGGCGGAGUAUGAUGAGGAUGAUAAGGAGGCGGAUGCGGUGUGGGAGGAGAUCGAUAAGAGGAUGGAUUCCAGGAGGAAGGAUAGAAGGGAAGCUAGGUUGAAGGAAGAGAUUGAGAAGUAUAGGGCGUCUAAUCCGAAGAUUACAGAGCAGUUUGCUGAUUUGAAGAGGAAGUUAGUUACAUUGUCGGCAGAAGAGUGGGAGAGUAUUCCGGACAUUGGGGAUUAUUCGUUGAGGAAUAAGAAGAAGAGGUUUGAGAGUUUUGUGCCUGUUCCAGAUACCUUGUUGGAGAAGGCUAGACAGGAGCAGGAACAUGUUACUGCAUUGGAUCCUAAGAGUAGGGCGGCUGGUGGGGCUGAGACGCCAUGGGGGCAGACGCCAGUUACUGAUUUGACUGCUGUGGGAGAGGGAAGGGGGACUGUUUUGUCAUUGAAGUUAGAUAGGUUGUCGGAUUCUGUUUCGGGCUUGACUGUUGUUGAUCCUAAAGGGUAUUUGACUGAUUUGAAGAGUAUGAAGAUUACUAGUGAUGCGGAGAUUUCGGAUAUUAAGAAGGCUAGGUUGUUGCUGAAGAGUGUUACACAGACGAAUCCGAAACAUCCUCCUGGUUGGAUUGCUGCGGCAAGGUUAGAAGAGGUGGCAGGGAAGAUUCAGGCAGCUAGGCAGCUGAUUCAAAAAGGGUGUGAGGAGUGUCCUACCAAUGAGGAUGUCUGGUUGGAGGCAUGUAGGUUGUCGAAUCCUGAUGAAGCGAAGGCGGUUAUUGCUAAGGGAGUUAAGAGAAUCCCAAAUUCUGUUAAGUUGUGGAUGCAGGCUGCGAAAUUGGAGCAUGAUAAUUUUACUAAGCGGAAGGUUUUGUUGAAGGGUUUAGAGCAUAUCCCCGAUUCUGUGAGGUUGUGGAAAGCAGCUGUGGAGUUGUGUAAUGAGGAGGAUGCUAGGACCUUACUUGGUAGGGCAGUGGAAUGCUGUCCUUUGCAUGUUGAGUUGUGGUUAGCAUUUGCAAGGUUGGAGACGUAUGAAAAUGCAAGGAAGGUGUUGAAUAGGGCGAGAGAAAAGUUGCCCAAGGAGCCAGCUAUAUGGAUCACUGCUGCGAAGUUGGAGGAGGCAAAUGGGAAUACAUCAAUGGUUGGGAAGGUUAUUGAGAGAGGUAUUAGAGCUUUGCAGAGAGAAGGGGUGGUGAUUGAUAGGGAGGAAUGGAUGAAGGAGGCUGAGGCUGCGGAGAGGGCUGGUUCUGUUGCAACUUGUCAAGCCAUUGUUAAGAACACAAUUGGAAUUGGAGUGGAAGAAGAGGAUAGGAAGAGAACAUGGGUGGCGGAUGCAGAGGAGUGUAAGAAGAGAGGGUCUAUUGAGACUGCUAGAGCAAUUUAUGCUCAUGCGUUGACGGUGUUUUUGACUAAGAAGAGUAUUUGGCUUAAGGCAGCACAGCUCGAGAAGAGUCAUGGCACUAGAGAAUCUCUCGAUGCAUUGCUACGAAAGGCAGUUACUUACAGGCCACAGGCUGAAGUUCUUUGGCUUAUGGGUGCCAAAGAGAAGUGGCUUGCUGGAGAUGUACCUGCUGCCCGAGCCAUUCUUCAAGAAGCUUAUGCUGCUAUACCAAACUCUGAGGAGAUUUGGCUUGCGGCAUUUAAGCUUGAAUUUGAGAAUCAUGAGCCUGAAAGAGCUAGAAUGUUGCUAGCCAAGGCAAGAGAAAGAGGUGGUACAGAAAGAGUCUGGAUGAAGUCUGCUAUUGUAGAGAGAGAGCUAGGCAAUAUUGAGGAGGAGAGGAAAUUGCUGGAUGAAGGGUUGCAGCGGUUUCCUUCGUUCUUCAAACUGUGGUUGAUGCUUGGGCAGCUCGAGGAACGACUUGGUAAUUUGGAUAAAGCCAAGGAAGUUUAUGAGGCAGGUUUGAAGCCCUGCCCAAGUUGUGUGCCUCUUUGGCUUUCUCUUGCUAACCUUGAGGAGAAAACGAAUGGGCUCAGUAAAGCUCGAGCUGUGCUUACCAUGGCAAGGAAGAAGAAUCCUAAGAACCCUGAACUUUGGCUUGCUGCAAUCCGUGCUGAAUCAAGGCAUGGAAAUAAGAAGGAAGCUGAUAACUUGAUGGCAAAAGCAUUGCAGGAGUGUCCCACCAGUGGCAUACUUUGGGCAACAUCUAUUGAGAUGGCUCCUCGUGCUCAACAUAAAAGCAAGAGCUCGGAUGCAAUUAAGAAAUGUAGUCCUCAUGAUCCUCAUGUCACAACUGCCGUGGCCAAGUUGUUCUGGCGGGAAAGGAAGGUUGACAAAGCUAGGAGUUGGCUGAACAGGGCAGUUACCCUUGCCCCAGAUAUUGGAGAUUUCUGGGCUUAUUAUUACAAAUUUGAACUCCAACAUGGGACUGAGGAAAACCAAAAGGAUGUCUUGAAGAGGUGCAUUGCUGCAGAACCAAAGCAUGGUGAAAAAUGGCAAGCGAUUUCAAAGGCUGUGGAGAACUCUCACCAACCUACUGAAGCCAUCUUGAAGAAAGUGGUGGUUGUACUUGGGAAGGAAGAGAGUGCUUUGGAAAAUAAUGACCAGUAG